AACUUUUUCUUUACAAUCUUAUCAGAUGCCAUAAUUAUCUCAGAGAUAAGACGGUAUUAAAAAAUAGUCAGGAUCAAAGAUAUCUCCUUAGAGUACUUCAACCAAAACAGCAGAUUAGUCUUACUUCUUCCAAAUCUUUGAAUCGCUGUGCAAUUAUUUUCUGAAUCUGACAUAUUUAGAGUGUAGAAAUAUUAACUCCAAUUACAUCUCAUUCAUUGAUUCAUUAAAGAGUUUUAAAUUAAUAAGGAUGGCUAGUGGGCAAGAAGGUGAAUCUGGAGUUACAAUACCUCUGCAAUAUAAUGAUGCUCAUUGGAAAGCUAUAUUUGAAAAGUAUGAUCUGGAUGGUGAUGGAAAGAUCACAUAUCAAGAAUUAAAAGCUAUGAUACGUGGCACAGCAUACACUAAUGACAUACCAACGCGUGUAGUCCGGAUGAUCAUGCACAAAGCUGACCUAGACGAUUCAGGAUAUUUGGAUUAUCCUGAAUUUAUAGCUAUGAUACACAGAAAAGACAUGCAAGGUGUCUUUGGACACUUCGUUCAGCGUUACGUGCAUUCAAUGGUACCGCAACGUCCCACAAUAUCCGGAACCACGCAAACAGCUCAUUACUCCAGUGAUACCCCGGACGGUCUCUAUGAAGAAGAAUACAGCUGCAGUCCUCCAGCAAUUGCAAUGAUAAUCAUCUCUAUUAUAGAAAUCAUUCUAUUUCUAUAUGAUGCAAUUGCUCACAAAGCACUCUCGGUAGAAGGCCCGGCAGCUGUACUCUUCAUUUAUAAUCCUUACAAGCGUUAUCAAGCGUGGAGGUACAUCAGCUACAUGUUCGUGCACGUUGGAGUCUUUCAUCUGGUAGUUAAUCUUCUGGUACAAAUCAUGCUGGGAAUUCCGUUGGAGAUGGUACACAAAUGGUGGCGUGUUUUGACGAUAUAUCUUGCCGGCGUUGUGGCCGGCUCUUUGGGGACGUCUGUGUCAGAUCCUGGAGUGUUUCUUGCUGGUGCAUCAGGAGGAGUAUACGCGUUAAUCACAGCCCAUGUAGCAACGAUUAUAAUGAAUUGGCGUCAAAUGGAAUUUGCCGUUGUUCAACUUCUCGUGUUCGUGCUUAUCACCAGCGUUGAUAUUGGCCAGGCUGUCUACAAUCGCUACGUCUUGGACACUAAGGAUCAAAUCGGUUACGUAGCACAUUUAGCUGGCGCUAUAGCCGGUCUUUUAGUAGGUAUAAAUGUUCUGCGCAACCUCGAAGUGAAUACGUGGGAGAAGGUUGUAUGGUGGGCUAGUGUAUUUACAUACACAGGACUCAUGGCUGCCGCUAUCCUUUGGAACAUCCUAUACACUUCUUACUUCCCGCCAGCAAUGUAAAACGAGUAUAUGCUCACAUUCUGAAAUUUUUAUCAGUUAUGUAUUCUUGAGGACAUGUCAAACUCCUUUGAGUGAUCCACGAAGUUUUGUGGGCACCUCACGAAGUACCACUUUUACUCAAAAGAGAUGCGUAUAAAGUCGACUUGAUCGGGACUUAUAAGUACAGUAAUACUUCAUUUAUUAAAUUCGCAUCAUACAAAUAUCGCAUAUAAUGGGAUUAAAAAAAGGAAUUGGUAAUUCAAUGAAGACACGAACGAGAGUACUAUUGUGCAGCUAUUUUCUUAUUAAAUCAUACAAUCAGAUCAAUAAGCGAUCAAAUAAAGUAUUAAUCUUUACAUAUUACUCUCUGUAAAGCGUAGUAAAAAUUCAUGAAAGCAGAUGCUAUGAAGACAACAUUGAAUGAAGAGACAGCGGAGGCGGCUGGCGUUGCUUUGAAAAGAAAUUCCCAUAAUAACGAAUUCUCGUAAAUCGGGGUUGCGUAAGGCGGGGUAUUACUGUAGUAUUGUAAAACACAUAACGUUGUGCGUGCCGAAAAAAGUAAACGCACAAUCGAGCAAAGCAGUGGCUUGGGAUUAAAACGGACAAGAAUCAAAAUUUGUUAUUUUGAUAUUCUAACACAUGGUGUCAUGCGAGAAACUGUCGUACGCUUCCUACAUCGAAGGUAUAAUAUAAUAUAUUUUUUCUAAUGUUUACAUCACGUUUAAAAGCACUCAAAGGCGUUACGUAAUCGGCACAAUGCCAAUAACGUGAGGCUGUAGUGUAAAUUGUACCUGUGCCGGAUGACAAUGUUUACAGCAAGUUAUUAUUUUCGCAUUUAAUUUUUUGAAUUAUUAUAUAUACAUCACUUCAAGCAUCGUUCAUUGUAUCGUUUCAACGAUAUCCAUAUGUCAUUUGUCAUGUAGUAAGAUUAUGAAUUAUUUAUAUAAUUUAUUUACUCUUGUAUGGGGAUACCCGUGAAUUAUAUAAGAGUCAGGGUAAUCCCAGCAAUUCAUAAGAAUACGUGACAUUAAAGCGCGGGAUUAAAUUAGAAACUGAAUUACAUUUUAAGGAGGUUCGAUCAUUAUAAUCAUAAUAAUAAUAGGAAAGUUGAACAGCUAGUAAAAAAUUCCAAGAUUUUAAGUUAAAAAAUUAAUUAGCGAUAAUGUAUGAGAAUUUCGAGCCAUAUCUAAAUUCACCGUACCCAAUUUACCUGGACAUUUUUUCAAGUUUGAAUAUCUUAGCAAUCGUACGGUAAAUCUUAUUCAAAUUUUAUAUAGCUCGAAAUUACAUUACCUUCUAACGUACACACAUUAAAUUUGGAUCUUUAUCUUGGAAUGGGUCUAAGUGAUCUAACUACCUUAAACAAAUCACUUCUUCACAGAUAAACUUGUUAUAGAUCUCUCGAUUACUCAAACUAUUUAAUGUGACACAUUUUACCUUAUCAUUCGUCUCGAUACAAAUGUAAAUGAAUUUGAUUUCUUUGUACCUGCGGUUUAUCAAGUUGACAAAUAGUUUUUAAUAUUGAAUAGUCGACCUUCGAACAUUGAAUGAAAAAAAAGGAGGACAAAAAAGUGCCUUUUGACUGCCGAAUUUACAUUAUAUUAUAAUAAACAACGGUUUACAUUGUCCAUUUUUUCUUUUAUUUUUAGACAAUUUCUCUUUUUUUCCUCAUCUUCUUUUUUGUACAACGUAAUUCAUAUUCACACUUAUCCUAUGACUAAGACUUUAAUUAGGACUCUCCAGUUCCUAGUCAGUAUUAAGUGUGUACAUACUUAUAAGUUUGGUGUAACGGCCAAUUUUUAGACGGACGAGACGUUUGUUAAAAAUAUUCUUUAAGUUUAAAAUAAUACACAUAUAAUGAGCAGAUACACAAUAAUUUACCUAAUGACAAGAAAUACAUGCAUACGUACGUACAAUUUAUGAACCAAACAAAAUGUAAAAAAUUCACAUUAAAAAAUUCAUCAUGGCAGUGAACAAAGAACAUAAUCAUGUCGGAUAUAUAUUUUGUAUGUUUAUUUAUGAAUGAAAAUUAACAAUAAAACAAUAAGAAUCGAGUUGUUAUCAAA